AUAUAAGAUGUAACUACCUGUUUAUUUCAUGUACCUACCAACGUUGUUUCUUUUCUUAACUCUAACGUUUUACUUUACUUUGUCUCUCAACCUUCCAUCCCUAACCCUUAGUUUUCUCUCAUUUUCCUUGACACUAAAAUAUGAGCAAGUUGUGGAUUUUUAUCACCCAAGUUAAUUCCAUUGCUGGGCCGGUGUUGAUGUUAUUAUAUCCUUUGUAUGCUUCUGUUGUUGCUAUAGAGAGCACAUCUAAGGUAGAUGAUGAACAAUGGCUUGCUUAUUGGAUUAUUUAUUCGUUUCUCACUCUUAUGGAAAUGGUUCUUGCGUCUCUCUUAGAGUGGGUACCAAUUUAUUAUACUGCGAAAGUAUUUCUGGUGGCAUGGCUAGUUUUGCCGCAGUUCAAAGGUGCUGCUUUUUUGUAUGAAAGAUUUGCGAGACCACACAUUCGAAAAUACAUCACCUCUAAGAAAGUGAAUGAGUGAUGAUUAUUCUUGAGGCAUGAAUUGAAGAUGAUGGAAGGACGGUGAUGAUAUCGCUAAGGGAUGAGUUAUGGUUGAUGACUGAGUUAAUUAGAUAGUUAUGAAGUAAUUAAUACUAAUUGGGUUUGUUUUGGUUUAUGAUGUAUGGCUUUUGCCACAGUUUUAAAUUCUGGCAUUGUUGUUUCACACAAGAAUAUUAAGUAAAGUUAAUUACUAUUUCGUUCUUA